AUGAAGAGCUGUUUAUUGGCUUUGGCUGCUGCUACAACUGCUGUUGCAUGGUCCUUCCAACAACCUUUCGCUUUUAAGGACUUUGACUCACUCAAUCUUCAGGAUGAAGUGCAAAAACUACUCCCUAAUGAAUACAGCAAUUUACAAAUGUUCACCAAGAAUAAGAAACCCGUCACGAAGAAACAUGAUUGGGAUUUUGUCGUCAACAACGUAGAAUUGGAAAACUACCAAUUACGUGUGAAUAAGAUUAAUGACCCAAAGAUUUUGGGUAUUGACCCUAAUGUCACCCAAUACACCGGUUAUCUGGAUGUAGAAGACGAUUCUAAACAUUUCUUCUUCUGGUUUUUCGAAAGUAGAAACGAUCCAAAGAAUGACCCCGUUGUCUUAUGGUUGAAUGGUGGCCCUGGCUGCUCUUCAAUGACCGGGCUUUUCUUUGAAUUGGGUCCCUCUUCCAUUGGAAGCGAUAUUAAACCUAUUACAAACCCUCACUCGUGGAACAAUAACGCCUCAGUCAUCUUCUUGGAUCAGCCUGUCAAUGUUGGGUUCUCUUAUUCGGAUUCAAGCUCAGGUGUAAGUAACACUGUAGCUGCCGGUAAAGAUGUCUACGCUUUCUUAGAAUUAUUCUUCCAAAAAUUCCCUGAAUACAAGGAUAACAAUCAAACUUUCCACAUUGCAGGUGAAUCCUACGCAGGUCAUUAUAUCCCAAUUUUCGCAUCUGAGAUCUUAUCUCGUGAAGAUAGAAAUUUCAAUCUUUCUUCUGUCUUAAUCGGUAAUGGCCUAACUGACCCAUUAACUCAAUACAAAUAUUACGAACCAAUGGCUUGUGACAAAGAAGCUUCCGGCGCUGACCCUGUCCUGGGACCUCAAGAAUGUCAAUCGAUGAAUGAUUCUUUAGAUCGUUGUCUAAGCCUCAUUGAUGCUUGUUACAAAUCCGAAUCUGUUUGGACUUGUGUUCCAGCUUCUAUCUAUUGUAACAAUGCUCAAUUGGCCCCAUUCCAAAGAACAGGCAAGAAUGUCUACGACGUAAGAAAGGAUUGUGAGGGCCAAUUAUGCUACAAAGACAUGGAAGUCAUUGACAAAUAUUUGAAUAUGAAAUACGUUCAAGAUGCUAUCGGUGCAGAAGUCUCCACUUAUGAAUCUUGUAACUUCGAUAUCAAUAGAAAUUUCUUAUUCAAUGGGGACUGGAUGAAACCUUAUCACAGAGCUGUCACUGACUUAUUAGAACAAGAUUUACCUGUUUUAAUCUACGCAGGUGAUAAAGAUUUUAUCUGUAAUUGGCUAGGUAACCAAGCAUGGACUAACGAAUUGCCAUGGAAACAUCACGAAGAAUUCAGUAAACAACCAGUAAGAGACUGGACCGCAGAAGCUACAGGUGAAGUUGCUGGUGAAGUUAAAUCAUACGACAAAUUGACCUUCUUACGAAUCUUUGACGGUGGCCAUAUGGUUCCAUAUGACGUUCCAGAAAACGCAUUGAGUAUGUUGAACGAAUGGUUAUCCAACGAUUACCAAUUUUAA